CAGUGUUGUACCCAUUAUAACGUGGUAACUGUAUAACUGCAGUCAUGUCAGCAAGUGAUUUUAGAGCAAAGUCCAACACUACAAGGAUUUGAGGAAGUGACUUUUAAAGGCUCUCCAGGAACGCUGAAAAACAGCUCGUGUUUUAGAGAUGGACGUGAGCUUUGUGCUGCUGUGUGUGAUGCUGGCAGCAGAUGUGACACCAGCUUCUGCUGCAGAAAAGCCAGGUAUCAUUGAGACCCUCAUCCUGGCCACCUUCCAGCGUCCCUGGCUCUGGAGCGUCUAUGUCUUUGCUGUUGGACUCCCCGUCAUUCUCUUCAUAAGCUUCAUGUGGCCAGACAAGAGGUUCGGCCCCCCAGAUCAACCGUAUUACUAUAAGAAGAGUGAUGAUCCUCAACCAGAUGAUCCUGAGGUUUCACUGCCGAGAAAAUCGACAGAUGAAGGAUCAACCUUACAAGAGGAAACCCUGCGAACUCACAAGAGCUUGCUGAGAAGAAAGACUAAGGACUGAGUGAAUACAAGCACAGCAUUUCCUUACUUAGUCAAACUAAAAACAUUAACGUAACCAGUGCAGUUAGGUUUGAUCUUUCAAACUACAAUAAAUACCUUUAAAGGUUCCCACUGUGUGUAUUAUAGUAUGGAAGCCACAUACUGGGUCCUGGCAUUCAUGUGGAUCAGCCAUACCAUUGCAGGAUUAUGCAUUUCACCACGCCACAAAAUCUGCUCAGGAAUUAAACAGAGGAACACCUCAAAGACACUCAAGUGUUAAUCCCCCUACAAAUUCACCACAUCCCAGUCAUCUGUAGGAUACACUGGGACACACUUGAUCCACAACCCACAACCAACUGGACAUAAAAGAUGGCAUGUUGAUGAAAUGCUACAUUAUUAUAGUAAUUAUGUAUUUUGAUGCUAUAUUGUCUCAUCAUAUCCAGUCUGUUAGUUUGUUGUGCACAAUACUGGUUCCACCAUGAGGUACUGU